GCACCUGUCAGGGGCGGCUCCCCAGUGCAGGUGCCAGGCAGGUGGCUCCGCUGAGCCCAGCCCCAGCAUGAGCUCCUUCGACCUCCCGGCGCCCUCUCCACCCCGCUGCAGCCCCCAGUUCCCCAGCAUCGGCCAGGAGCCCCCCGAGAUGAACCUGUACUAUGAGAAUUUCUUCCACCCGCAGGGCGUGCCCAGCCCUCAGCGGCCCCCCUCCUUUGAGGGGGGUGGCGAGUACGGGGCCGCCCCCAACCCCUACCUCUGGCUCAACGGGCCGGCCAUGACCCCGCCGCCCUACCUGCCGGGCACCAACGCCGGCCCCUUCCUGCCCCAGGCCUACGGCAUGCAGAGGCAGCUGCUCUCCAGCAUGUCCGGGCUGGGGGGCAGCGACCUGGGCUGGCUACCCAUCCCUUCGCAGGAGGAGCUCAUGAAGCUGGUGCGGCCCCCCUACUCCUACUCGGCUCUCAUCGCCAUGGCCAUCCACGGCGCGCCCGACAAGCGCCUCACGCUCAGCCAGAUCUACCAGUACGUGGCCGACAACUUCCCCUUCUACAACAAGAGCAAGGCCGGCUGGCAGAACUCCAUCCGCCACAACCUGUCGCUCAAUGACUGCUUCAAGAAAGUACCGCGAGAGGAGGACGACCCUGGCAAAGGGAAUUACUGGACCCUCGACCCCAACUGCGAGAAGAUGUUCGACAAUGGAAAUUUCCGCAGGAAGAGGAAGAGAAAAUCGGACGCUUCCUCCAGCACAGGCUCCUUGGCCUCGGAGAAAACCGACAGCAGCCUGCUGGCCCGCAGUCCCAAGAGCACGGAGCCGCAGGACAUCCUGGACAGCGUCUCAACGGGAGCUCCCGGCUCCCCAGAGAAGGGGCCCUCCCCGCCCCCCUCGAGCACCCCGUGCCUCAGCAGCUUCCUGUCCACCAUGACAGCCUACGUCAGCAGUCCCAGCCCCCUGGGCCGCCCUGGGGCCACGCCAGGACUGAGCCUCGAGCCCACUGACAAGAUGGGGCCGAACCCACUGAGCUUCAACUCCUACACCCCACUCAGCAACCACGGGGGCGGGGGCGAGUGGGGCAACCCCGGGCCCCCCAGUGCCCUCGGCUACGGGGGCUCUGUCCUCAACCAGUUCAGCCCCCACUUCUACAACAGCAUCAACACCAACAGUGUCCUCUACCCCCGGGAGGGCACCGAAGUGUAGACACAGGACAGCCCCCUUAGCCACGCGGACAGGCCCAACAGGGAAGAGCAGCCACGGUCUGCCAGGCCGGCUCCCCGGGGUCCCAGACCCAACCCAGGAUGCCCAGAGGAACCCGUCCUCUUUCUAGAACAUGGUGCAAACCUGCUUGUCACGCACACAUACGCACACACAGACUGGCCAGCUUCUCCAGGAAACAACUGGUACCUGGACGCCAGCAACAAUGGCAGUGGCCCACUGAGCACUUACGUGCGCAGUGCAUAGUAGGCUCUUCAAAGGCAGGGUCCCACUGAGUGCUCACGGUCACCCUCUGAGGUUCCUGUGACCCUCCCCAUCUAGCAGGUGAGGAAACUAAAGCUGGAGGAGAUCGAGUAACUUCUGAGGUCAGGCAAAGCAGAAGAAGGUAGAGGGAGGAGUCAAAUCCAAAGUCGGGCUGAUGACGUGAGGGGCGGAGGAGCUCACCGAGCAGCUAAGGAAGGGCAUGGUGAGAACCCACUUACGGCCAAUAGAUCAAAAUCUCUCCACUGUCUCCCGGUGGGUCAUGAGAUGUCCACAGCAGCCCGGGCUCAUCCUGUCCUGACCCGAGUCCCUGUCCCGUGCAGCCCAGCUUACCGGCAGCUGAUCCUUUAGCUACCUCUCAAGGGCAGGUGCCACCAGCAGGCUUAGCUCGGGAAGCCCUGCCCCGGUGCACCUGCAGCAUAACGCAUCCGGUAGGUGCCAUGCGCCCCCAUGGAGGGACGCCCCAGCCCCAGCCCCCUGGAGAUCUUGAACGGAGGUCACGGGUCAGUGAAAGGGCAGUGUGCACCCGCUCAGCCCCACCCUGGCACUGCCCAUCUGUAAAAUCUUGUGAAGCUCAGCUUCCUGUGUGCGUGUCAUGGACCAGUGAGCUGGAGGUGGCUGAGUCUUCCAAGAGAAACAAGGCUGAAUAAGCGCUCCCUUUUUUAUAGCCCGGGAGAACUGGACGUUUCUCUGAGAAAACAAUGGCCUCCAGGGAGGGGCAGCCGUCCUCACAGGGGGUCUGUGAGCAGCGCUCCUAGGGCUUCUCUUUCGUAUUUCUCUAGGGAUUUUAUAUGCCUAUGAUGUGUCAUCACAGCCUGCCCUAGGAAAAUGUUUGUUCUCUUAGUUUCUUUUUAAUAAAA